GGAUAAAAGGCAGAGAAGGUGCAUACCUGGCGGCCCCCAGCUUUGCGCCCUAGCCACUGCCUACCCCUGGUUCCGGCCGUGCGCCAUGCUCUAACACUCACACUGGAAGCUAGGACCAGUGCCAAGGUCUGAAUGUGAUGAAGCCAAAGAAGACUAAGCACUCUCCAGUAUAGCACUCACAAAUGGUUACAAAGUUGUAGCAGGGAGUGUGCUUCCCCUUAAAAUACAACAUGCAGCUUUGUCCUUAAGUAUUACCAAAUGGACCACAAUGUUUCUGCAUGUUAAAAAUUGCCUGUUUAGUGCUUACUCCGUCUCCUCCACACUUAUCUGGUAGUCCCUUCUGACUUUACCAAUAGCGUUGCCUCCUUUAUUAGGUACAAAUACGUGUUUCUGAUAACUUUCUUGUAAACCCCCCCCCCCGAUUUACGAUACAAAACAAACUGCCACCUUCUUCUCAGCAUACAACCAUCUGACAGCCCAAGUCAAGACGUUUCAUUGUAGUACAGUGAAUGCAACGCUACUUCCUUUAUACAGCGCGGCCGCUUCCUACUGUGUGGUCACGUGAUCUUGACGCACCAGACGUACAAUCUGCAAGCCACAUGUGACUGGAAGCUAGUGAUCCAAUACAUUCCUCGGGAGGCACUGGAUAUUUACUUUUCCAGGUAUAACGCAGAGGCACAAAAGAAUUUCUACAGGGGAGCAUAGGUAAAGCCAAUGACUUCCCCAGUGGAAGACAGUGAAGAAAUGGAAAGUUAUGAAAGCUUUCUCAUGAGAAAAGAACAGGCAUCACUGCAGGAGGAAGGAGCUACUAAAGAGGACAGUGAAGAUGAGGAGCAGGAUGAGGAUGAUGAUUGGUACUGGGAUGGUACUUAUACAAACUUUAAGCACUAUUCAUCUACAAGGAGCAGUAAUCCACAGGCGAACAGAAAUGACAUACAGAGCGGUUCUUCUAAAACUUACACUGUGUCGGACAAAGUUUUACAGAAGUAUGAAAAUAAAAUCAAUUUGGGUAAAAUUAAUAUUUCAGAAUCUGUUCUCAAUAAAGUGAGUGAAAAAUCCAGAAAGAAGGAGUCGGAUACGUAUCGGGUUAAAGAUAAAUCUGACAGAGCAACUGUGGAGCAGGUGUUGGACCCUCGGACUCGAAUGAUUCUCUUUAAGAUGCUCACAAGGGGAGUCAUAUCAGAAAUCAAUGGCUGUAUUAGCACUGGCAAAGAAGCAAAUGUGUACCAUGCUAGCACGUCAUCUGGAGACAGCAGAGCAAUCAAAAUUUACAAGACCUCUAUACUGAUGUUUAAGGAUCGUGAUAAAUAUGUGAGUGGGGAGUUCAGAUUUCGCCAUGGCUACUGCAAAGGAAAUCCAAGGAAAAUGGUGAAAACAUGGGCAGAAAAAGAAAUGAGAAACUUAAUAAGGCUGAACACAGCAGGGAUACCUUGCCCAGAGCCUAUCAUGUUGCGAAACCAUGUGCUUGUUAUGGAAUUUAUUGGGAAAAAUGACAUGCCUGCUCCUCUUCUGAAAAAUGCUCAGUUAUCGGACUCCAAGGCAAGAGAGCUUUACCUUGAUAUUAUACAGUAUAUGAGGAGAAUGUACCAGGAUGCCAGGCUUGUACAUGCUGAUCUCAGUGAAUUUAACAUGUUGUAUCACAAUGGAAAGUUAUAUAUAAUCGAUGUGUCUCAGUCAGUGGAACAUGAUCAUCCUCAUGCCUUGGAGUUCCUUCGAAAGGAUAGUACUAACAUUAAUGAUUUCUUUGUCAAGUAUGAUGUUGCAGUAAUGACGGUGCGUGAGCUAUUUGAGUUUAUAACAGACCCCUCGAUCACCAAGGAUAACAUGGAUGCUUACUUGCAGAAGAUAAUGGAGAUAGCUGCUCAAAGGACAGAGGAAGAGCGAUCUAGCCAAGAUAAGGUUGAUGAAGAGGUGUUCAAGAAGGCGUAUAUUCCUAGAACACUAAAUGAGGUUAAACAUUAUGAAAGAGAUGUAGAUACAAUGCAGAAACUGAAAGAGGAAGACAUGGCCCUUAACACACAACAAGAUAAUAUUCUCUACCAGACAGUGACUGGACUGAAGAAAGACUUAUCAGGUGCUGAAACGGUUCCAGCCUUGCUUCAGAGCAGUGAUCAUGAAGAGCAGCUGGGAUCAGACCCUGAUGAUGAUGAGGAUGAUAGUGCCAAUGAAUCUGCAUCAGAUUCAGAUGAAGACAUACAUCCCAAAGAUCAGGGGUCUCAGCCAGAAAUUGAUAAAAAGGAAAGGAAAAAGCAGAUUAAAGAAGCCCAGAGAGAAAAGAGGAAAAACAAGGUUCCAAAGCAUGUGAAGAAAAGAAAAGAGAAAGUAGCAAAAACGAAGAAAGGGAAAUAGAGUAUGAUUUUAGAGAAAUAAAAUAAAUCAAGGGCAACCUGGUGUGUAAAAUAUCCAUCUAUUCAUCUUAAAGAUGAACUGGGAGCAUUACACUGUGUGUAAAUGCGUGUGGUACAUAGAACUGCAUUAUUCUCCGUAUUUUAGGUAUUUGAUGUCCAGCAGCUCAUAGUCUGUGACGUCCAGCAGCUCAUUGUAGCGGCACAUCUUGGUCACUUCACCGGUUUCACUCCUGCUGCAAAUGAUCACGCUUCAUGAUUCAUUUAUUUUUUUAAUAUACCGAUUGACUGAGCAGUUAGCAAUUAAUAGAAUUAAUGCAGCUGUAUUCCCAAUUAAUCCACUAAGUAGGGCAUGUUUUAGUAAUGCAUUCUGCUUAGUUUAUUUAAAAAUCCAGCCUGUAGCAUCAUCUUCUAUUACAGUCCAACCUCAUUUUCUCAGUCAUCUUGGGGGGACACAGGGACAGUGGGGUAUAGCUGGUACCUCCAGGAGGGCAGGACACAACAGAAGAAGAAACUAGCUCUCCUCUACUGGCUAUACCACCAGCAGGCAGAGCUUAGCUCAGUUUGUGUUGUGUCCUCAGGAGGAUAGGAUGUUAAUUUUUAUAUCUUCAGCUAUUUAGCUAUCCGUCAUGUAUAUUGACACCAGGGGAUGCUUAGGACCUCUACACUGAGUAAAGGACCCCCAUAGGCAUCCCCCUACGUGGGACCUGUCUCUGGGGUCUAAGUGCCUUGUCACAGACCACGCAGCCUAAUUCAAAUAUCCAUUACCCCAAGGUGGAGAGGAUGCUGGCCGGCAGACUGAGGAGAGGGACCUCAAAGGACACGUGAAUAUUCACCUUCCUGCCCUCUCUGGCAAUUCCCCUUAUCCCCCUCUUUGGAAAGGGCCUCAUUCCCCACCAUCCGCUCCUAUUACCCACCUAUGCCUAGACGAGGUAGACAUGCGUCUACAACACUCCUCAUCUAACUGCAGGAAGAACAGACCUGCUUAUACUAGGAGCGGACGUACAAGGCCGCAGCCUCUUAAACAGUAGGGACGUCGGGGCCGCACUGAGCGCUUCCACGGUCCUUGGCGCCUUACGCUACAGUGUGCCUCUGUUCUUGUGCGCACGCCCCUGUUCUCCACGUUUUUGAGCGCCUCCCAAAGAGGCGGUCAUUUUGGAAACUCACACCGGAGCUUCCCAGGCUCAGUUCAGUGCCACGUUGUCAGCGGCAGUGGAGACACCGUUCCUACAGGGACAGGUGACGUGCAGGGGGUUAUUUAGGCUGGUGCUACUAGUACCAAGGGCAUUGCAGAGAACUCUCUGUCCCCUUCUCUCCAUAACCACUGUAGGUUGGGCUUACCUCUGCAGAUCCUAUUUAGCAAGGGCCCCUGCUGGUGGCACAGUGACCCCAUACAGUCACACAGCCAUUACGGUUGUUACUACUAUUUUCCUCCGCAUGUCUGAGGGACCCAGCGAUGACCUUUUUUCCAGGGGGCACCAUCCCUAAAUUAGCUCACUCCUUGGACAAGCUCCUUUCCCGACUUGAUAAUCCCAAGGGAAGAGCCUCUAAACGUAGAGCCCCUUCUCCUACGGAGGAAGAGAGCGACUCUUCUCCUAGGAUUUUUUCUCCUCCAUUAGACUCGGGAGAUGACUGUGAUCGAUCUGAGGGGAAACUAUCCUCAGAUUCAGACCAAGAGGAUGAAGACUCCCCCAGUGUACGCACUAUUCGGCUCAGCGCUAGAGACACUUAAUCUCCAGGAACCGGAAGCUUCUUCCGAUUCCUCCAAGAGUAUCUUUAAACGCUGCAGCAAGACAUCGCCAGUCUUUCCCUCCCACUCUCAACUUGAUCAGAUCAUUCAACAGGAGUGGGAUUUACCUGAGAGAUGUUUCCAAGCAAACCAACGUUUCCAGAAACUGUAUCCCUUCCCAAAGGAGACUACAGAAAUGUGGUCUUCUCCACCUUCAGUGGAUCCACCAGUAUCCCGUCUGUCUAAAAAUAAGGCUCUGCCUGUACCUGACUCUUCCUCCUUCAGGGAAUCGAUGGACAAGAAGUUAGAGAGCCUCCUACGCUCUGUUUUUUCUGCGUCUGGUACUUCUCUACGGCCUGUGUUAGCCAUGGCAUGGGUCAGCUGAGCUGUUCAGUCCUGGUCUGAUUCUCUCAUCUCUGGCAUUGCUUCGGGAGUACCCUGUCACGAACUCUCCCAAUUGGCUUCCCAAAUCAAGGAAGCAAAUGAAUUUAUGUGUGAAGCUUCCCUCGAUGCAGCUCAUGCCAUCAGUAGAACCUCUGCUCUCUCAGUGGCAGCUCGCAGAUCACUCUGGAUUAAGAGGACUUCCAUUCCCCAUUCCCUUUAAGGGCAAGCUCCUUUUUGGCCCUGACUAAGAUAAGAUCAUCAGCCAAGCAACCAGUGGCAAAAGCACCUUGUUACCUCAACCAAAGG